ACGCGCGCCCGGGGAGGAGGACCGCUCGUGGCACCUGGGGGCCCGCACACCCUGGGCACGGGGCGGAGUCCCUAGAGGCUGUGGGAACCACCAAGCGCCACUCGCUCUCCUGGGCUCACCUGGCCGGCGGCGGGGGACGGGACCAUGGCUCUGAAGGACACGGGCAGCGGAGGUGGCACCAUCCUCCCCAUCAGCGAGAUGGUGUCUGCGUCCGGCUCGCCCUGCGCUCCAGCCGCGGUCGCCCCGGGACCCUGCGCGCCUUCGCCCUUCCCCGAGGUGGUGGAGCUGAACGUGGGCGGCCAGGUGUAUGUGACCAAACACUCGACGCUCCUCAGCGUCCCGGACAGCACUCUGGCCAGCAUGUUCUCACCCUCGAGUCCCCGGGGUGGUGCACGACGCCGGGGAGAGUUACCCAGAGACAGCCGGGCGCGCUUCUUCAUCGACCGGGACGGUUUUCUCUUCCGCUACGUGCUCGAUUAUCUGCGGGACAAACAGCUGGCGCUGCCCGAACACUUCCCGGAGAAGGAGCGGCUCCUGCGCGAAGCCGAGUACUUCCAGCUCGCUGACCUGGUCAAGCUGCUGUCGCCCAAGGUCACCAAGCAGAACUCGCUCAACGACGAGGGCUGCCAGAGCGACCUGGAGGACAACCUCUCGCAGGGGAGCAGCGAUGCGCUGCUGCUGCGCGGGGCGGCGGCGGCCGCCGCGCCCUCCUCGGUCCCCGGAGCGCACGGUGGCGGCGGUGUCGCGCCGGACAAGCGCUCGGGCUUCCUGACCCUUGGGUACCGAGGCUCCUACACCACGGUGCGCGACAACCAGGCGGACGCCAAGUUCCGGCGGGUGGCGCGCAUUAUGGUGUGCGGGCGCAUCGCGUUGGCCAAGGAGGUGUUCGGGGACACCCUCAACGAGAGCCGAGACCCCGACCGGCAGCCCGAGAAGUACACGUCGCGUUUCUACCUCAAGUUCACCUACUUGGAACAGGCGUUCGAUCGCCUGUCGGAGGCCGGCUUCCACAUGGUGGCGUGCAACUCCUCCGGCACCGCAGCCUUCGUCCACCAGUACCGGGACGACAAGAUGUGGAGCAGCUACACCGAGUACAUCUUCUUCCGACCACCUCAGAAAAUGGUGUCACCCAAACACGACAGGAAGCAUGGCAAACCCGCCGACAAAGGAAGCGAGAGUGGGACUUCGUGUAACGAGCUGUCCACUUCCAGCUGUGACUCAGAGGCCAGCACCCCCCAGGACAACCCACCCAGUGCCCAGCAGGCCACGGCCCACCAGCCCAACACCUUAACCCUGGAUCGCCCUUCCAAAAAGGCCCCGGUGCAGUGGAUACCCCCGCCCGACAAGCGCAGAAACAGCGAACUCUUCCAGUCCCUCAUCAGCAAGUCCCGAGACACGAACCUCUCCAAGAAGAAAGUCUGCGAGAAGCUGAGUGUGGAGGAAGAAAUGAAGAAGUGCAUUCAGGAUUUCAAAAAGAUCCACAUCCCCGAUUGCUUUCCCGAGCGCAAACGCCAGUGGCAAUCGGAACUGCUGGAGAAGUAUGGCUUAUAGUAGUGACGACGGUCCUGGGGGUUUUGGGGGUACCCAGAUGGCAUUCAAUGUUUACUACCCUGUCACCACCCAACUGAGGGUCAGUGUGAUUCUUGCUGCUCUUCCCUUCUGUGAACCGUGGAUGUGGGACAGUAUUUUUUUUUUCCAUUAGUUUUGUUGUUUUUAGAAACAAAAUUUUAAAAAAAAAUGACGGUAACAAAUGUGUGUCAAAACGUCAUGUCCCUCUGAUUCAAACCAUUUUGCAAGAAUGAAAGAAAAACAAUAUGCAUGAUCAAGAAACUCAGAAUCUUGAUGUUUGAACUGUUGAACUGUGGUCAGUUGGACACAUUUGUCAUUUUGUAACUCACCAAAAAAAAAAAAAAAAAAAAAAAAA